ACCCUCAAGCAAUAAAUACUAGCCAUAAACUCCGUAACCAAAUUCAACUCCAAUUCCAAUUCCAAUUCCAAUUCCAAACCCACAGAAUGAGAAACCCAACCGCCAAAUUCCACCACCACCACCACCGCCGCCGCCACCUCCUCCUCCUCUUCCUCUUCCUCCUCCUAGUCGCCGCUGGAAAAUUCCAAUUCUACAAAUUUGCCGACGCAGCUCAGCGGAAGAUCCACAUUACGGACGAUCUGGACGACGUCGUCGACGACGAAGAGGACGACGAGUGGAGAGAAUGGGGCACGGUGAAGGCCCGACCCGACUUCGACCCGCCCCCCACCGACUUCACCAAGAUGCAGGAGCAAAAUAUCAAGGGCCCUGUUUUCGGAUUCGUUAAACUCCGACCCGGAAAUCGUCGGACUUCGGAGAUGGUAUCAGAAAUAGCCAUGAAAUGGACCAAGGUGGCAAGAACCGGAGCAACUGAAGCCAGGUUCAGCACCGUUGAUCUCAGCACACUAAUGUUCACCAUGCCCAAAGCUCUAAAUGUUUUCGAGUUAAAGGAAUACCUGUUGAGCCAACCAGAGGCUUAUGAGAUCAAGAUAGGCGAUCAGCUCUUCAGAAGACCUGGGGAUCCUACGUUCGAUGAAGUUUUUCGCAAGCUCCAGAUGGAGAAGGCUGAAAGCUCUGAUUCCACGCCCAACGACGAGCUUUAACAACAGAAUUACUACUCUCUUACUAGAUGACUGAAUAUUCUUGUAUGACUCAUUUCAUCUUCACUUUCUUGUAAAAUGUUUACAUUUUCAAUUGUACAACACUUUCCUCUAUUUCUGUCAAAACUGCAGAUAUCUUAACGUGGUUAAUAAACUGUUUCUAUUCAGUGA